AUGCACCACCGUCUCCAUCGUCUUCAAUAUCUUCACAAACUCAGAUUAUCGAUUUCAUCACUUCCAAUCACUGAGUGUAAGUCAUCCCCCUUAAACCCUUCAUCACUCAUCAAUCCUAAAUCCCUUACUGUCUUUGCCUCUGUCAAGAAAAUCGUCGUCCUCCUCUUGAGACCAGCCUUCAUUUCUCCCUGUCACUCCUUUUCCGAGCUGACUCCCUUCACCAUCGACUUCGUUGCCGACAACCCCUCCAGCGACGCCACCUCUUCCAUCGCCGCUGGUAGUGCCGACUACUUCGUCAAAGUAGCCAAUUUCUUCGAUUCCAGAUUAUACGCUUCUAUCAGAUCGCUCACCGUUUCGAGAUCCGAUUGA